AUCCGCCUUGUGCUGCACGUUAUAAACAAAGCGACGCCUGUCACACCACACUGCUGCAAUCUGUCUGUAGAGAGAGAGAAAAAGUUUGUCUGGACAUUUGUUUGUGGGGAGUGUUCGUCUCAGGACAAUCAGAAGUGAAAUCCGCAGGUUCUGCAGCUCUUGGAAAUGGAUGACAUCCAGGUCGUUGAGUCCAAACCCCUGCUGGUUGACAGGGAACUGCCGGGCCUGAGAGAGGCUGUGCAGCAGCUUGUGAUCAAGGAGCACGAUGUGGAGACUCCUUAUGGAAGACUCCACUGUACGAUGAAGGGGGUUCCUAAAGGGGAGAGACCGGUCAUCCUCACCUUCCAUGACAUCGGACUGAACCACAAAACCUGCUGGAACACGCUCUUCGACCAUGAGGACAUGUCAGAGAUCAUGCAGCACUUCGCAGUGUGUCACGUUGAUGCCCCUGGGCAGCAUGAGGGAGCCAACACUUUUUCCACUGGAUAUGAGUACCCCUCUAUGGAUCAACUCUCUGAGACACUCCCUCUGGUGCUGAAGCACUUUGGGCUGAAGACCAUCCUUGGAAUGGGCAUUGGGGCGGGGGCCUACAUUCUGACCAGAUUUGCACUGGAUUACUCAAGCAUGGUGGAGGGCCUGCUGCUCAUCAACAUCAACCCAUGUGCUGAGGGAUGGAUGGACUGGGCUGCACACAAGAUCAGUGGCUGGACCCACGCCAUGCCUGACAUGAUCAUCGGCCACCUCUUUGGAAAGGAGGAGAUCCACCACAACCAGGACCUGAUUGCAACAUACCGCCACCACAUCCUAAAUGACAUGAACCAGUUUAACCUGCAUCUCUUUAUCAAGUCCUACGAAAGUCGAAGGGAUCUGGAAGUUGAGCGGCCGGUCCCUGGAAGCCAUGUCAGAACCCUCAAGUGCCCCACUCUGCUGGUGGUUGGCGACAGCUCUCCUGCAGUGGAGGCUGUGGUUGAGUGCAACACCAAGCUGGACCCGACAAAGACAACCUUGCUUAAGAUGUCUGACUGCGGUGGCAUGCCCCAGGUUGACCAGCCAGGAAAACUGACAGAAGCUUUCAAGUACUUCAUUCAGGGCAUGGGAUACAUACCAUCAGCCAGCAUGACCCGCCUGGUCCGCUCCCGCACCGCAUCCGGCUCCAGCGUCACCUCCUUUGAAGGCAACCGCUCCCGCUCCCACACCAGCGAGGGGAACCGCUCCCGCUCACACACCAACGAGGGCCGCAGCCGCAGCCACACGACCGAGAACCAGCACGGCCGCUCCCACACGGAUGGCACGGCCAACAGCAGCGUGGACCAGGCAGGGCCCAAGUCCACCGAAGUGUCCUGCUAAAGUGGACCUCCACCCUCGGGUCACGCACACUUCUCAAAGGUCCCUUUGGUUUGUGCUGCGCUGCCUCUAACCGACACACACACACAUUGCUACGCAUACACACAUAUAAGUGGAAGGUUUGUAAAAACGUACAAUGGACACUCACAUGCAGAGGAGUCAGUGCAGCUGAGACGCCCCAAUUAGAAAACUUGAGGUCUUGAGUAGGAGGUCAAGGGUCAACUGUAAGCCUGUUUUAUCAUUCUGAGGGACUCCAACACAUCGGAACAGUAUCUGCUCCUGAGCUCUGUUGUCAGGCGAGUGUGUCGUUAGGGGCAACGCAGCAUCUGGGAACACCGAAGCAGAGAAUGUCGGCGAAAGCUGUGGACACCAGCUUGUACAUGUAUCGCUCAUAAUCUCUCAUACAUAUAAAAAAAAGAAGAAAAUUGUUUUAAAUUCUAUUUCUGCAUUUCCUCAUCCUGUUUUUAUCCAUUUUUACCAAUAUUGACACAGCUUUCUUAAAUAUACCUGUUUUCUGUUUACUGUAAUUGAUCAUUUAUUCUGUUAUUUUCCAUGUCUGACAUGUUGUCGUUGGUACGUAGGAGCAGAUUUGUAGACGUAGAGAAUGUGGAGGCACUUGGAUACAUUUUGAAAAUAAAUGGCAGUUUGCUUCUCAAAUUGCAAGUGUAACUUUGAAAAUUAAGGGACAAACAUCAAGUUUAUCAUUUAUAUUCAACAAAGAAUGUUUCAUCUCACUACUUUCCAUUAUUCUUGAUUUUUUUAAACAUCUUGUUAUUGUAACUACUUUUAACUCAAAGUUACACAUCUGUCAUGAGUGUAAGCUUCGCCAUAAAUCAAAAAAACUCAAAAGCUUUGUGAAUCAUGGCCUCAAACAAAAAGAUUUAUUUUCUCUUUUUUAUGAUGAUUUCUAUGCAAUCAAUCACAAUGGAACAAAGAUGUGCCAUGGAAUUGAUCACUUUUUAGACGAGAUGCUCCUAUGUGGUUGUGGAUUCUUUUGGGUGAGUGAAGUGAUAGGUCCGCAUGUUAACAUGAGGAUAGCCAUAGAACUUACCUGAUACCUUCUACUCCCGUAUUUUACUUGCACUACAGCAACGUUUUUUUUCGCUUGGUAGAACACAGACAUACACAGCUCUGUAAAGAUUGCGAUGCACAACCGUCUAAUGCUGUAGAAAAGCAUUAAAAUGACGUAACAGUUCGUAUUUAUUAAAAAACGACAAUAAAACCCUUGUAACAGA